AUGUCUCUCAUCGUGAGAAAGGAUUCCGUCGACAAAGGCUAUAUCCUCCGACGUCCAGCUCCGGCAGAACCGCCGCGUCGCAUCCCAUAUGAUUGCUACAAUCCCCUGCACCGCGCUGCAAUGUGAGCAAAUUCGACAGACAGCAUUCUUUCAUCUUUGCUGACUGCUUGGCUUUCAGAUCAACAUGGAAUUCCCGCUUUUCGCCAUUCUGCAGUCUGCCCGCAGAGCUCAAGAACAGAAUCUACGAAGAAGCAUUGACUGGCCACACAAUCCACAUCAAGAAGCGAAAACUGUCGUUCCGAGAAGCUGCUGCUCGUACUCGUACUUUUAAGAGUCGCUUUUGCCGGGAGCCUAGGGGUGGUUUCUCCGAACUCACGCAUACCAUCUGUAAAGAGCCGUACGUCGAUGAGAUACGUCAGAGGCACAGUACGAUGCCGGAGGAUAUCUCUGAUAGCUAUCGACGCCUCUGGCAACAAAGGCUUACGUUCCCGACGGAAGGCCAAUUCAGAGGAUGUAACGCCAACGGCAUCUGCGCUGACACCAUCACAUGUUUCCAUGAAGCCCUGCUGGCGACACAUGAUAAGCACGACUAUUCGAAGACGAUUCGUGUCCAAUUUCGGCAUACUCAGCUUCCGCUCCAGUUCUUGCGCACCUGCCGGGGAAUCUGGUCCGAUGCCAGAGAGCUUCCGUACGCCAGCAACAUCUUCUCCUUCAGCUCGCAGGAGGAAGUCAGUUUCUUUGUCACGGAAAUGAGGCGCACCGGACAUCUCUCGGCCAUCAAAGGCAUUAGCCUCACAAUCAAUGCCCUCCAAGGGUGUUCGGCGGAGUGGUUUCCAUCAUUGAAGCAGUUGACCGUGAAUAAGUAUUUGGGAGGCGUUUGGAACGAGCAGUGGCUGGAACCUUUCCAGCGUAAUCCAUCAACGGAGGUACGUCUCGUGCCUAGGCGAGUAAUCGUAUGGCAGUGUAAGCCGCACCACAUGCGGAACGUUGGCAUCCUACCCCAGGCAAACAGUCUUGCUCAACGGGCCAUUGGGUAG